ACUUUGAAUGUGGAAGAUUUAAUACAAAGACUCCUAGAUGCUGGCUACUCAGCUAAAAAAAAUAAAAGCAUAUGCUUAAAAAAUUUUGAAAUCCAAAUAAUUUGUUCAACUGUUCGUGAAAUUUUUUUAAAUCAACCAACUUUGUUAGAAUUAAGCUCUCCAGUUAAAAUAGUAGGUGACGUUCAUGGUCAAUAUGGCGAUUUAAUUCGAAUUUUCACUAAAUGUGGGUUUCCUCCAGCUUCAAACUAUUUAUUUUUGGGUGAUUACGUCGAUAGAGGGAAACAAAGUUUGGAAACUAUUUUACUAUUAUUAUGCUACAAGAUCAAAUAUCCAGAAAACUUUUUUUUAUUAAGGGGCAAUCAUGAAUGCGCAAAUGUUACAAGAGUUUACGGUUUUUUUGAUGAAUGUAAAAGAAGAUGCAAUAUCAAAACAUGGAAAAUCUUUAUUGAUACUUUCAACACAUUACCGAUUGCAGCAAUUGUUGCUAAUAAGAUUUUUUGUGUUCAUGGCGGAUUAUCACCAUCGUUAAAUUCAUUAAAUGAGAUUCGAAAUAUUUCAAGACCAACAGAUGUGCCGGAUUUUGGAUUGUUAAGUGAUUUGCUAUGGUCAGAUCCAUCAGAUACAAACACCAAUGAUUGGGAAGACAAUGAACGAGGAGUCUCGUACUGUUUUUCAAAGAUUGCAAUAAAUAAAUUUUUGGGUAAAUUCAAUUUUGAUUUAGUAUGUCGAGCUCAUAUGGUUGUUGAAGAUGGAUAUGAAUUUUUUAAUGACAGGACAUUGGUAACAGUUUUCAGUGCACCGAAUUAUUGUGGGGAGUUUGAUAAUUGGGGAGCAGUAAUGAGUGUGAAUGAAGAAUUGUUGUGUAGUUUUGAACUAUUAGAUCCAUUAGAUUCAGGGGCAUUGAAACAAAUGUUAAAGACAGGAAAAAAGGAGAGAAAAGAGGCCGAAGUG